AUGGUGCGCGCGCUCGUGCUGCUGGCGCUGGGCGGGACCGAGACCCCCGGCCCCGCCCCUUCGGGCCCCGCCCCCUGCCGCGUGCUGUACGCGCGAACCUUCGGAACCCCUCCCGAGCCCGCGACCCCCCGCCGGCAACGCCUUCGCCGUAAGGAGCAGCUGCUGGCCGUGGCCAGACAAGUGGCUUCCCAGUGCCAUCUCCUGCAGUCCUCCUCAGCUCGCCCAUUCUCCCCCCAGCUCCCCCAGCUCCCCGACGACCCCAUCCCUCUCCAGGAUGCCCCAGGGGGACUUUUCCAACUGCCCCCUGGCGACCCUUUCCCCGAAGAAGUGACAGUAGCCUGGCUGUCAGUGAUGGCCAUCGCCUUGGCCUUGGUUUGUGACCCCCAGGAGAACCUUUUGCUGGCUGAGAUCACCUUACGCCGCUUGGCUCCUCGUUUGCUCCACUCCUUGCAUCUCCUGGGCCCUGGUGCUGAUGUCCUGCUCCGACCUGAGGUGGCUGAUAGCCUCCUGGAUCGGCUUCUGCCUCAUGGGGAGAUGCUUUUCCUCAACCAACAUUUCCUCCAAGCCAUAGACCGGGAGUUGGGCAUCAAAAUAGUUCGUUGAGCUCCAGCUCAGCAUCCCUCUGGGUGGGAUGCAAAGAUUGGGGUGGCUGAGCCCCAAGGGGAUGGUCCAAAGCGAAGUGGCUCGAGAAUAAAAGAGCAAAGAGC